AUGGAGAUCAUGAUACCGAUGCAGAAUACAGAGUUUAAUUUUGAUAGUGGGUGUUCAACACCUUACAUGAGUGCACCAUCAAGUCCUAAACGUUUUGGUGAAUAUUACAGUGCUCCAACAAGUCCAAUGCGGGCUUCAAUGGUGUACCAAGAAUAUCAAGAGUACAACAGAUACAUGAAUUCUACUUCUCCUGCUGCUUCUGUUAUUCCUUCCGAAGAUGAUUUUGCGUUUGAUUUUGAUGGGAAAUCAGAAAAAACUUCUCUUACCGCUGCUGAUGAACUUUUUCAUGGUGGAAAAAUCAAACCUUUAACGUUUCCAAUGCGUUCUCAACUCAGUAAUGAGUCAACUCAUAAAAGUUCAGUUUCAUCACCAAAAUCACAAGGAAAGAAGAUGUUUUGGGAAUCAUUUACUCCAAGAGAGAAAAAAGAUUUCAACCCGUAUUCUGAUUCAACCGAUUUGACUCGUAAAAGCUCUGAUCAGAACCGAGGAAGAGGAAGAAAUCCUACAAAGUCUAAUGCUCCUUUAUCUUCAAAUUCAUCAUCAAGAUCACGUAGAGAAACUAGAUCACUUUCUCCACUAAGGGUUGCUGAAUUCUCUUCUUAUGUACAACAACAACAAGAAGAAGAACAGAACAGUAAAGAGCAAUCCAUUUCAUGGAAUUCAAAGAAAUCUGAUUCAACAUCAUCUUCUUCUUCACUAAAGGGUUCGAGAAAAUGGAGAAUUAGAGACUUCUUAUUGUUCCGUAGCGCAUCAGAAGGUAGAGCAUCAGAUAAAGAUCCAUUAAGAAAAUACACAGCUUUAACUAGGAAAAAUGAAGAUGAUCGAAACUCCAGUUUCCGGUCUAUUGAUAGUACGAGUUCAGUUUCAAGAAGAAAAGGAGGAGGAUCGGCGUCAGCUCAUGAAGUUCAUUACAAAGUGAAUCGGGCGGUUGUUGAAGAAUCAAAGAAGAAAACGUAUUUGCCAUAUAAACCAGGACUAUUAGGGUGCAUUGGGUUUAAUCCAACCGCUUAUGGAUUAUCACAGAGGCUUUGA